GUGUUCUCGCGAGAUCCGGCGAGUUGUACUCUCUUCUCGUCCAGCAUGGCCGCGCUCUAUGCGGGCUACACGUUGCGCGGACUUGCCCCAACUCAAAAUCGGUCAAAUUCAGGUAUUCAGGGCGUCGAAGCGGAGAGAGAUAGCGACCAUGUCGUUGUCACCGACUCAACCAGAUGUGUCACGCUGUACAAGGUUUCCGACCAGAAGCCACUCAGCUGCUGGACGGUGAAACAAGGACACACGCUGACCGGUCCAGCGGUGUACAACUCACGGACCCAGGAAUAUGUGGCGGUGUCAGACAGAAAGGUGAUCAGAAUUUGGAAGGAGGAAGACAUCGUCUUGGAUAAGGCCUUCAAAGCAACCGUGUCGUCAGAUGUCUGGAGGGUCCACUGUGUGGCCGGAGGGGACCCUGUGGUCCUGUUCCAUAGAGGAGCUGUGAGGCUCCUGGACUCCCUACUUUCUGCUCCCCAGCAGCCCAUCGAGGAAGUCCUGUCUCAAGAAGAGGCCAUUAGUUGGAGCACCAACGUGGUGACAGAGUCCCAGCAGUUUGUCCUCUUCACAACCGAACAGAAAGGAGAUCACUUCGUGUACCUGCAAAGACUGAGUCCCAACACCCUACAGAGGUACCAUCUGGAGAGGGAGGAGCCCGGUCUUUCCCCGCUCAGCUUCUCUGCCUCCUACAGGGAUGCACACAUCCGCCUGCUUUAUCUCUACCCCAACGGUCAUGUAAACGAGAGCGUGGUCUCUGUGCGGGCCCCGGUGCCUGACGAGGGGGCCCAGGCUCUCCCGCUGCCUCGCAGCCUGCUGCUGGCCCUUCCCGUCGGCGAGGGCCUCCUGGAGGCGGCAUCGGCUCAGGCGUUGGAUGAAGCGCAUGUAGCAGUUGUCGGGGUGCCACACCCCUCGGCUGGAUCUGGCAAAGACUUCCUGUGUAUCUGGAAUACCAAUUUCCAGACCCUUCAGGCAGGAAAAGAGAUGGCGGGUAAAAUCUACGGCCAGCUGUGGAGUUUUUGGAACAAGCUAUUCAUUCCACAUGGAAAAACCUUCUCUGUAAUUCCAUAUGAUUGCCCUAAAUCUUCUCUGGCCUCUGCACUGGGAAAACUGAGGCAGGUCAAGACCGAGGAGUCCAAAGCUCCCACUUCGGUACCAUCUUGGAAUACCCUCCUGCAUGAGGAGAAAGUGCAUCCCUCGAGAACAGUGGAGACCAGGAAGACGAGAACAACCCGUAAAAGCCACUCUGCACAGAGUUUAACAAAUGACCAAGUCCUGGAGUUAAUCAAGACCGCCCCAGUAGAAGAGGUCCAGAGAGAGGUGCAGCUCCUCCUGUCACGGACCGACACCCAGGACCUGCAGACCUCUGUCGGGCAGCUGGCGUGCACCCUGGUGUCCCGCAGCCUGAACGAUCCAGCCUUCUACACCCCCAGCAGCCUGGCUCAGCUGGUGCACACUCGGUACCUCUGCCACAGUGUGUGUCCUGACCUUGUGCUCCUGGCCCUGGAGAGGAAGGACUACUUCCUUUGUCAGCUCUGCUUGCAGUUCUUCCCUGACAUUCCGGAAGUUGUCACCUGUGCUUGCCUUAAAGUCUUCAUCAGCAUGUCCGAGGUUGAUGCAGCGAAUGUGAACCUGGAGCCCGACAGUGUCUUCUUCAUGGAAGCCCUGAUUGCUCAAGAGCACGAGCCGAGCGGCUUGCGGAAUGGUUUCAGCCCCGCCGACGAGGGCCGCUCGGACCUCGCCGAAGGUGCCACCACAGCAAAACAAGACAAUGAGAAGGCCUCAACAGCAGAACACAUGUGUCCAGUGGGAUUACACAAAGCGGUUCUACUAAAUGAGGUCCUGCAGACAGCCUACUUUGACUCUUUCCUGCUCCCACACCUAAAAGAUCUCUCCUCCCAGGACGUUGUUCUUUUCCUCCAGUAUCUUCAGUUCCUUUACCUAAAGUUUUCCCAAGACGCUUUCCCACAAACGCAAGGAUUGAGAUCCCCGAGCCUGACUCAGGUCAUGGAUUGGGUGAGCUUGCUGUUGGACGCCCAUUUCACAGUGCUGGUGAUGACUCCGGAGGCCAAGGCCUUAUUGCUUACCCUCCACCGAUUUGUAAAGUCUCAGGUGAGAUUCGUUUCUGAGCUUGGAAAGAUCGAGGGCAGCCUCAAAGAGCUCGAUAAGAUGGCGUCGAAGAGGGACGUCGGACAAUACUCCAUUGAAAUCAUUGAGCUGUUUUAGAACGUGUAACCUUUUUUUAAUAAAUCUUUGAGCAUUUUGUGUCUUUCCAACCUUUGUUGUCCCAAAUGGUAAUAUGUAAAAAGUACUUUUUGGAAAUAAAUGCUAGUCAUCAGACUUAAACAUAA